AUGAAUCCGCGGGUGUCGUUAAAUCGUCCAUACUAUGGACAUGUGCGCGCAUCGAUAGAAAUACGGCCAGGGCAAACUAUCGAGACCGAAAACCAGCAAACCUACCUACAGAUGACAGACUUUGAUAAGAUUGCCCGUGCAGACCGAGAGCUAUCUCAACAUACCCUAACCUUCAUCGAAGAUGUAAAGAGGCUAUCAAGACUGCCUGGGAGUUUUCCGCAUUCCGCCCUUUUACUUCUGGACUUUACGAUAAAUGUUCUUCGGCGUGAGAACAGCUGUUUCCAACACAUGCUGAACAGCCGUCGAACAAACUUGUAUUGGUCCCUCGAUCAGGCUUUUUUGAGCAUAUGCAUGGAUGAAUGGGAGAACCGGGACAGCAACACUCUUCCAUGGUCUCAGGGAAUUCAGCCUCUCCUUGAUAAGAUGAACGAAGGCUACCGACGUCUUGGAGAGUGGUCAGAGAAGGACAGAGUCUCCAUCGGUCCUGACAAGGACUAUCUUAGGGCGCCGUAUCACAUGUACGCCAAAUUCAAGCAUACUGUGCCGUUCUAUCUCUGCGAGUGGUGGUUCAAGAAGAGUCGGGACUUCCUGGAAGAUAGCUUGAAAGCAUAUUACCUGCGGAAAAAGGUCAAUGCCUGUCUGGGUGGGAGACUUCCAAUAGAACUGGCCGAAGUGGUCAUUGAAGAGGUGUCAGAAUUUGAAAUGAAGCCUGUCAGGCUGAGGCAACGAUACUUCCCGAAUUCGAAAGGGAAAAAGAAGAUAUGA